AUGGAUUUCGCAAGAUCCCCGCUUUUCCCCGACGCCUCCUUGGCCCUCUCCCCGGCCAGAGACGAAAAUCCUGACGAACAGGUCCUUGUGCCGAAUCUUCCAGAUACUCCCCAGGCUCUGCUGCUGCUGGUUCAGGUUUUCAUUGUGCCUGCGGAGAAGUAUCUCUUUCUUCAGGGUUUCAAACCGGCAGAAGGGUGCUUGGUUCUACGGAUCCUCAAACCGGCUAAAGUGAAGCUGGUUUCUUUGCAUUUCAAGGGCAUUCAAAGGACAGAGUGGCCAGAGGGCAUUCCCCCAAAGAGAAGUAGCUACGCCGAGGUCAAUGACCUCAUAAACCACACAUGGCCUUUCUACCAAUCCGAUACGCAUACACCCAAUUUCGGAGCAGACUUUGUCAGACCACUUCCGACAAACCCCCACAAGGGCGACGACAUCACCCAUUUCAGUCUAUCCGAGCCGGCCAAUGGUGUCUCGGGGUCAGACUUUCUUUCUCCCGUAGAUACCGCCAGGGGGUUCGCUGCGAGUUUGAUAAAUAGGGCUACUUCGCCUAGAGGCACUUCUCCUUCGCCAGCGCCCGGAAUAACACCGGUUUCGUCAUUUCAAGAUUUGACCACGUCACAGUCGGCUGGCUCCAAUGCAGACCACUCUGCUCUGAAUGAGCCAGCAAAACCAGGCCUCUUCAUGCCUGGCGACUACAUCUACAACUUUGAGCAUCCACUUCCCGCUCUGUCGCCCGAAACGAUCGACUCCAAUUUCGGCAGAGUAUUCUACAACCUCGAGGCAAAUAUCAUCAGAAUGGGCGCUUUCAAGACAAACCUCACGGCCAGGUUGCCGGUGAAUGUGGUACGUAUUCCAUCUGACAACAGCGUGGAAGAGAAUGAGCCUAUUUUUAUUGAGCGUGACUGGGAGGACCAGUUGCGUUACGAGAUUCUUGUGGGAAGUAAGGCCGUGGUUCUAGAUACGUAUGUGCCCAUCUCGUUCAAGUUUAUUCCUCUUUAUGGCAAGGUUGCACUCCACAGAAUCCGUGUUUCUGUCACGGAAAACUGCCACUACUAUUGCCAUAACAAAACAGUGCACAGGGCAGAGCCCACGAGAAAGUUUCUUUUGCUAGAGCACAAAGCCAAGCCAAACAAGUCGCUUCUUUCAGCUCAAGGUUGCCUCACUGAUGAUGGACCAGACGUGGGCUCACCAGAAGACGAAGUUCUACCUCGUGAGCUCGAAUUCCAGAUGUUCGUGCCGUCCACCAUUAACAAGAAAUACAACUUUGCCAUGCACCCAGAUACGUCGUUUGAGAACAUUCAGUGUGACCACUGGAUCAAGAUCUCGUUGAGAAUCUCCCGGAAGGAUCCAGCCAACCCAGAGAAGAGAAAGCACUUUGAAAUCUCCAUCGACUCGCCUAUUCAUUUAUGCUCGCCAUUGGCUGCCCAUUGCAACACUUUGCUUCCAGCCUAUGACCGUCCAGAACAACCCGAGCAGCUUCCGCAAUAUGCUCCACUGUCGCCUCCAAACUCCCCUGAGGUGACGAUGGUGGACCAGCUGCAAAACGGCCAUUCCAUAUUUUCUGCCCUUUCAAACUUUGGCCACAAUUCUCCAACCUUGUCUGAGGGAUCCUCACGGUUUAGAGCUCCUGGAAGGUCUCCUACACCAUUGCUGUUCCAUCAUCUUUCCAAUAGUGAUGAGCCCAUAGCGAAGGAUCAUCGGAUCCACUUAGAGGCUAACCUCUAUUCUCCAAGUGAGGAAAAUGUGCUCGAAUCCUUGGGACUGCCACAAGCUCAACCACUUGCUAGUCCUAGAUCAGCAGCGCAUUCACCUGCUCCUUUCAGACCGGAUCCUAUGAGACGUCCUACUAUAAACCCGCCAUCUUUCGAGGCUAUCAACCCAGAUUUUGAUGGGACGCUUCCACCUGCUUACGAGAGGGAAGAUCCAGCGACGUCUCCAGUGAGAAAUGAGGUAUCGCCAACAAGAGCGAAACGGAAUUCUGGUGCAAAGGACACCGUUCCUUCGAUCGAGUUGCAAAGGCCGCUCACCGAUACCAGUGUUAGCUCCACAGGUAUCAAGGACCGUCUCAGCAAGCAGUUUGAGCCUAUUUCUCGUAAUAGCGAUGAUAGCUCCUCGGCUACAACUUUGACAGAAAGCAAGCCGUCGACUUCAUCAGAGGCAGAGAAGAAAACGGAGCUUGUACCUGAACCUAAAAAGAACGAGCAGAGGCUUUCUCCUGGUUUCAGGCCCAAGAGUCCUAGACUUCCAGAAACCGAAGAUGACAUGGAUCUUUCUGACGUGAGGCUGCUUAGACUGCUCAGUGGACCCGCUUCGCCUGUGAUUGGUCCGCUAGCUUCGAGACAGUCGUCGGUGGCUCUGGCAGUUGACGAUGACCCUCCUCUUGAGCUGACACUCCCUCUUUUGACUCUCAACGAAGGCUACACCGACGACAAUCUCAGCAACCUUCUGCUCGACGAAGGAAGACGUCCUAGUGCGUUUAUGAACACCAGCAUGACGGAUUUGAUGGGCAACAGCACGCUCAAGAAACACUACCAGGAGGAGCAGUCCUUUCAGAGCACCAAGGAGCGGCAGAAGUCGUUUGGAGUUAUUCCAAGCGGCGACAUUCCACAUCAGGGCACCACCCAACGCUCUCUGACAGCCAGUUCUGAGCAGAGUGAGUGGAUCAGUGAAGUUACCGAUAGCUCAGGCGACAAGGCCAACGAAGGGUUCAGACGGCUUUCCAAAGACGUCAACGAGCUCGUUAAAUAG